AUGGAGGAGACUCAGGAGGACAGUGAGACGGACAUCAGGGAAUGCUGCAGCAGCAGGAAGAAAUGCUGGAACUACGUGAUCAACAACAUAUUCCUGGUUUCCAGUCUGCUGGCUGUGGCCGCAGGUAUUUUAUUCGGCAUGAUUAUCAAGUCCUACGUCACCCUUUCAGAAACUGACCAACUCUACAUCGGCUUUCCAGGAGAAAUACUCAUGCGGAUGCUUGAGUUGAUCACGGUUCCUCUCAUUGUGACGAGUGUGGUAACAGGAGUAUCUGGCCUGAGUGUUGACACUUCCAGGAAAAUAGCUAUGCGUGCGGCAGUGUACUUUGUCUCCACGACUCUUGUAUCUGUGACUAUAGGAUUGGUAUUGGUGCUGCUGAUCAAGCCUGGGGCUGCUUACACUGUUGACCGAGAUGAGACAGCAGAAGAUGAAGAAUUCUCCACCAUCGAUGCCUUGUUUGAUCUAGUGAGAAACAUGAUGCCAGAGAAUCUGAUCCAGGCUUGCUUCCAACAGUACAAGACUACGAAGCUGGAGUUUGAAAGUCACUCAUUCGAGCCAAAUUCGACCAUUCAAACGAAUGCCACCGAAAUUCAACUGGUGGGUCACUAUGUCAACGGAGCCAACACGCUGGGCCUGAUCGUGUGCUCCUUUGUUUUUGGACUGACCCUGAAGAGGAUGGGAGAACGAGGCAAAAUCCUCGUGGAAAUCGUUGCCAUCCUCAACGGGGCCACGAAAUAUGUGGUCAACUUGAUCCUGUGCUACUUGCCAUUUGGAGUGCUGUUCAUGAUUGCAAGCCAUGUUGUUGAGGUGCACGACUGGGAGACUACCUACAAACUGGGAAAGUUCAUGGCUGUGGUUAUUAUUGGGCUUAUAAUCCAUGCAACAAUGGUUCUUCCAACGCUGUAUCUUCUGUUGACGAGACAUAACCCUUGGCAAGUCAUUAAAGGGGUUUUUCCUGCCUUACUGACUGCGUUGCUCAUCUCCUCCAGCUCCGCCACUCUGCCGCUCACUAUGCGAUGCUGCGAGGAGAAGAACAUGAUCGACCGCAGAAUCACCCGCUUCAUGCUGCCCAUCGGGACCAACGUCAACAUGGACGGGACGGCCCUCUAUGAGGUUAUCGCCGCAGUUUUCAUCGCCCAACUCAACAGCAUCAAUCUGGACUUGAGCCAGAUAAUCACCAUCGGAGUGACAUCAGCAGUCUCCAGCAUAGGAGCAGCAGGGAUCCCGGCGACAGGAGCCGUGACCACCCUCUUUGUUUUGACAGCAGUCGGCUUACCUGCGAAGGAAGCCUCCAUCCUGGUGGUUGUAGAAUGGCUGCUAGACCGCUGCAACACUGUUGUCAAUGUGUUGGGAGACUGCAUCGGCGUGGCAAUGGUCCAACAACUGUCCCAUGAGGAACUGGAUGAAAUUGAGGAAGGAGAGCAGGGCAGUCCAAGGACGGCUACUAACGAUGCUCAGGGACACGUCCAGGAUAAGCAGGUCCAUUCCAGCACCCUGAGCUCUGAUGAGUCCCUUUACAGCCCACCAGAAAUGUAAUCAUGUAAUGUAAUGAAAUGGAAACAGGGUUGCCUCUUAAAAUGUUUCUCCAGAGCCCAAAAACGUAUUUUGUAUUUUUCAGUA